UGGAAGGUCGGCUCAACGUUAUGGUUCCAGGAGGAGGAGGGGAAAGCAGACAGAGAGACAGUUGGGAGGGUAUAAAAGGAGCAGAUCAGGCAACAGGUGCACAUUUACAGAUGUUGGCGACUCUUGAAAAUAUUCAGUACUUCCAAGAUCUGGGCCCUAGAGAGUCGUCGUCUGGGAACCUGGACCUUGAUAUGAUUGAGGAGUACCUGCAAGAGCACUCGGUGGAGGUGAUGUCAGCACCAGGUGUGCCGAGAAGAAAUCAACAGGGACACGGCAUGGCAGAAAACAGCUGGCCUGGACAUUAUACAUAUGAAUGGAAUUAUGGUGGAGUACCAGCAACAGAUGAGACACAUGAACAACAGCCUCCGCAGCAGCAGCAGAUGUGGCUCUGUCAGUCCAGUCACAAUGAGUGGGGACACUUCCAGUAUGACAGAAACCAAUACAGUGAUUCAGAUUCGCUGUCCACCAGUUCUGGUUGCCAAGAAUUUCCACCAUCUCCGACUUCUGACAUGAAGGGUCAGAUUGCGUAUGACUCGCUGGCUCUAGCGCCACUCUCAGGUAAAAGGAAAGAACGGCUGUUUCAGUUCUUAUAUGAGAUGCUACAGACACCAGACAUGCGGAGCUGCAUUUGGUGGGUUCAGUCUAACAAUGGAACGUUCCAGUUCUCAUCUCAGAAUAAGGAAAAGCUGGCUGAGAUGUGGGGCAGGCGCAAGGGCAACCGAAAAACCAUGACGUACCAGAAAAUGGCCCGCGCCCUGCGAAACUAUUCGCGAACGGGAGAGAUCUGCAAAGUGAAGCGUAAACUCACCUAUCAGUUCACUGAGAGAACACUGAGAGGCCUUCAGAACAACUCGCAAAGAUUUAUGGGUAGUUAAUGUGGUUCAUCCACCAAGAAUUUCUCCUAACUGGGAAAGUGUGAACAAAUACUGAGUAUUUUACAGAAAAUGGUUUUGCCUUUUUAAUGUUCAUAAUGUAAUGUGGGCAUAAAACUCUGAUUUUCUAAUGUUAUUUGGCUUAAUUGAGGCUCAAAUGAACUUGGGAAUUGUAUCUACAAUAACAUGGAAUAACAUGAAAUUCUAAGAAGUUGAAAGUGAUAUUUGAAUUAUGUAAAUCUGAGGAUUUUUAACCAUGACACUACGUUAUAUGUAGUUAUAAAUCCGUUUUGCUUGUUAUUUUGAUAAAAUAUUUGCCAGUUUUUGUGCUUAUUUCAACGACUUUUUAAUAACAUUAAAAUGUUGACAUCUAAUGUGUCUGAAUAAAUUGAUCUUAACAUGGAAAGUUGUAUUUUUUUUUAAACUUAUAUUUUUAUGGGCUUUUUACACCUUUAUUUUGAGAGGACAGUGGAGAGCUGACAGGAAAGUACUGGGAGGAGAGAGGGGAACAGUAUUGGCAAAGGACCACGAGGUGGGAUUCAAACUCGGGUCGCUGUGAGUGUAGUUGCACUAUAUGUCAAUGCACUAACCACAAGUCUAUGGGUACUGACAGGAAGUUGUAUUUUUGACAAUAA